AUGGAGGAUGCAACAAGAAGAAUAGCUGUUACAGGACAACACUUGACUGUUGCUGUUGAGAAUAAUGCUACAAACUCACCUGCACCAGCUGAGCAAUCAUCAGCCUUGGUCACAAGCCAGCACACUUUCGACCCAAGGGCUCUGUUUGAGUACCUCUUCCCAUACCACAUCGAUAUGCGCAACCAGAUAAUGGAGGAGUGGCAGGAUCCAAAGAAUGAGUUGAUCCACGCCGACUACUGCGGCAUGUCGUUGGAGCAGGAGCGCGCACUCACUCGUCGCCAGUUCGAUCUGCUGAUGAAGAUCUCCCAGAAGUACAUCUCCGUGUGGGACUUUAUCCGCGAUCCAACCAAGAUUGCCGCAUGGACCCAGUCGUACAGACUGCGCAACAUCUCAGUCACCACCUUGUUUGGCGUGCACUUCUCGCUGUUUGGCGCGUCCAUUCUGCACUUGGGCACUGAUGAGCAGCGCGAGAAGUACAUCAAGCACGUCGAGGACCUGUCUAUGUCGGGCUGCUUCGGUCUGACCGAGUUGGGCCACGGCUCCAACGUUCAGCAAAUCGAAACACAGGCCGUCUAUGACCACGCCACCGAGCACUUCAUCCUCAACUCGCCAACAAUCACCUCGCAAAAGUACUUUAUUGGUGCCGCCGCCAAGAAUGCACAGUGGGCAGUCAUCUUUGCCCAGCUCAAGGUUGGAGAGAAGAACGAGGGUGUGCACGCCUUCCUCAUGCGAAUCAGGAACCCAGACAACAGCAUCUGCCAUGGUGUAAAGAUCGCCGACUGCGGUCACAAGAUGGCCCUGAACGGUGUGGACAAUGGACGUUUGAUGUUUGUCAACUACCCAGUGCCACGCGAUCAGCUCCUGUCUCGUUACGGAGGCGUCAACAAGGCCGGUAUCUACUCCAGCCCCAUCAACCCAGCCGUCAAGAGAUUCGCACACAACAUUGGUGCUCUGGUCAUUGGACGAUACAUCAUCUCUUUGGGCUGCGUCAGCUUCUCAGCAGUCACACUCCUCAACGCCAUCAACUACGCAUUCAGCCGUCGUCAGUUUGGUGAUGACAAGUGCGAGCGUCAGCUGAUCUCAUACGCCGUUCACCAGCGUCGUCUGCUGCCACAUCUGGCCUUCAACUACGCCAUUCACUUUGGUAAUGAGUAUCUGCUGCGUCUAAUGUCCGAGAAGGAGAACAGAAAGGAGAAGGAGAUCCACGUCUACGCCUCUGCACUCAAGGCCUACGCCUCAUGGCACAACCGUGACUGUCUUCAGAACAGUCGUGAGGCUUGCGGUGGCCAAGGUUUCCUCUCAGAGAACCUCAUCGGUAUCUUCAAGUCCGAGACCGAGAUCUACACCACAUUCGAGGGCGACAACGUCCUGAUGUACCAGCAGGUUGCCAAGUACAUCCUCACCGAGUCCAGACGCAAGGCUCCACCCGAAUACAAUGUACCAUCCGAUGCCUAUCGCAGCAAGACCGACUCGAAGCACCUCCGUUCACAGGACUUCAUCAUGGCAGCAAUGACCGCCAGAGUACACCAGUACAUCCCAGCCGUCGCCGCCAAGCUCAUGGAGGCCGUCGGCAAUGGAAAGCCAGUGUUGGAUGCCUGGAACGACUGUGGAAACAUCAUCUUGAACCUCGGAAUCGUGUUCACUGAGCGCUACCUCUUGGAGCGCUUCAUCGACGGCGUCAACAAGUGUCCAGAUGCCAAGCAGCGUCACGCCAUGUCACUUUUGGUCAGUCUGAUGGGUUUGGUCAUCAUCGAGAAGGACACCUGGUUCGUCAAGCAUCAGUUCAUCUCUGUCGAUCAGUCCGACGCCAUCAGCAACGAGAUUGCUGAUCUGUGUCGCGAGGUUGUUCCACUUGCAGUGGACCUGUGUGAGGCCUUUGGUUUCAACCAGCUUACUACUGCUCCAAUUGGAAGAGAUUGGAUUCAACAUAACAAAUAUUAA